AUGUCAACGUCAAAUGAAGGUCCAGUUGGAUAUACCCCCCCAGAUGGAGGCUGGGGGUGGGCAGUGGUUGUUGGUGCUUUCAUUUCUAUCGGCUUCUCUUGUGCAUUUGCCAAAUCUAUUUCUGUAUUUUACAAAGAAAUUGAAGGUCUAUUUGAUGCCAGCACCAGUGAAGUGUCGUGGAUCUCCUCCAUCAUGUUUGCUGUCAUGUAUGGGGGCGGUCCCAUCAGCAGUAUCCUGGUGAAUAAGUACGGCAGCCGUCUAGUCAUGAUGGCUGGUGGCUGCUUGUCUGGCUGUGGCUUGGUUGCGGCUUCUUUCUGUAACACCGUUCAGGAGCUUUACUUGUGUAUUGGAGUUAUUGGAGGUCUUGGAUUUGCUUUCAACUUGAAUCCAGCUCUGACCAUGAUUGGCACGUAUUUCUAUAAGAAGCGACCCUUGGCCAACGGACUGACCAUGGCGGGCAGCCCUGUGCUCCUCGCAGUCCUGGCCUCCCUCAAUCAGACUCUCUUUGAUAACUUUGGUUGUAAAGGAAGCUUCCUAAUUCUUGGGGGCCUCCUACUAAACUGCUGUGUGGCUGGAGCCCUGAUGCGACCCAUAGGACCCAAACCAACACAGGCAGAGACAGUUAAGUGUACAGAAUCCCUUCCGGAAGCUGGAAAAUCUAAUGCAAACAAAGUUGCAGGUGAUGCCAAUGGAAAAUGUAAUGGUGGGAACGACAAAGAGGAGAAAAGAUCCGUCUUCCCAGUAGUUAACCAAUUCCUGAGCUUGUCCCUCUUUACCCACAGAGGCUUCGUUCUGUACCUCUUUGGAAACGUGAUAAUGGUCUUUGGACUGGCUGCCCCGUUAGUCUUUCUUAGUAGUUACGCGAAGAGUCAGCACUAUGCUAGUGAGAAGCCUGCCUUCCUUCUCUCCAUUUUGUCUUUGGUCGAUAUUAUAGCCAGACCUUCCAUGGGACUGAUAGCCAACACCAAGUGGAUAAGACCACGAAUCCAGUAUUUCUUUGCUGCUGCGAUUUUGGCAAAUGGAGUGUGUCAUAUGGUACUGCCUUUUUCUACCAGCUACGUUGGGUUCUGUGUCUAUGCAGGAUGCUUAGGAUUUGCCUUUGGGUGGCUCAGCUCUGUAUUGUUUGAAACACUGAUGGACCUCGUUGGACCGCAGAAGUUCUCCAGUGCCAUGGGAUUGGUGACCAUUGUGGAAUGCUGUCCUGUUCUCCUGGGGCCACCACUGUUAGGUCAUCUCAAUGACAUAUACGGAGACUACAAAUAUACGUACUGGUCAUGUGGUGUGAUCCUGAUGAUUGCCAGUGUCUUUCUCUUCAUUGGUAUGGGCAUCCAUUAUCGACUUGUGGCCAAAGAAGAGAAAGAAGAGAGAAUCAGAAAAAGCAAGAUCCAGAGGGGGAGGCCAAAGGACUCCCUACAGAAUAACAUAGAGUAG